CCAGUAUGUGGGUGGAGCUCAGAAACACUUUGCAGAGGAUGCAGAAAACGACACCCAUCCAGACAUGAUGCAGGAAACUUGACCGAUGCAAAAGAUGCAUCACACAACAACACACAUGGAGGCAAUAUACUGUUAAGAAGUUUUUUUCACGCUUAUGUUCUUUGUUUUGCUACAAUUGCGCAUUCCGAGAGAUGUCCUUCCGCCUCCGCUCGUCUCCUCAUCACUGACUGACGCUUCACCAAUGAACCGCAGAAUCAUCAUUCUGUUCUCAUACACAUUCAAGAGGAUCCUGAGGAAACAAGGCUAAAACCCGUCCUCAUCAUGGCCAGAUCAGCGAACAGAAGCGGGAAGGACGGAGAAUCAAGGGUAUGUGCUCCCGCGGAGAGAGGAGAGAUCAGGGAACUGUCUCUGGAGGAGGUGUUGAAGUCUUACGAGCAGCCCAUCAAUGAGGAGCAGGCUUGGGCAGUGUGUUUCCAGUGCUGCAGAGAGCUGGGCGAGCCGAGAGCGCCUGCGCGACGCGUCCUCAUCCGAGAUCCGGCUUCCAUCAUCCUGCACGGGGACGGGACCGUCACGGCACUCCUGGAGAGCAGCGAUGACAGUAAUGAUAACUGUGCUCCUGCUGCUGAUGGAAAGCUGGUUCAGUCCAUGGGUGCUGCGAUCUACGGUGCUUUGGACUGGGGACUGGAUGACAGUGAGGAACGGGAAUUGAGCCCUCAGCUAGAACAGCUCAUUGAGUUUAUGGUCAAUGGUCAGGACUGCAGCGAAUCUAAACAAUGUGGCAGUAAUGCAGCUAAAGACGAGGGCUACAGUGGCCAAGAGGAGGAUGAAGAAGAGGAAGAAGAAGGAAAAGUACAUGGCAUUCACACUGUUCAUCAGGUGAUGACACUUUGUUCCCGCCGACUGGCAAAUCCAGCUUUGGCACCAGAGCACUACCAGGCCGUGUGUCGGGCGCUUUUCCUGGAGACCCUUGAGCUUCAGACCUUCCUCAGCAGGAUAAGAGAUGCCAAAGAGAUGCUGAAGAAGAUCAGAACAGAGGAACCACAUGAGGAGAAUACCACCACUGAGCUUGAUGCUCUUCAACACACCGACUGGACUCGGCUGUGGGUGCAGCUGAUGAAGGAGUUGAGGCAGGGUGUGAAGCUCAAGAAGGUGGAGGAACAGCCGUUUAACCCUCUUCCCACGGAGUUCAGCCUCACGCCCUUUGAGAUGCUCAUGCAAGAUAUUCGUUCACGCAAAUAUAAACUUCGCAAAGUUGUAGUAGAUGGAAAUAUUCCCACGUGUGUUAAACGAAAUGCUCAUGAGCUGAUUUUGGACUUUAUCAGAUCAAGACCCCCUCUUAAACCAGUAUCUGAGCGCUGUUUGCCUCCUGCCCCUCAGCGACCGCAGUCGCUCCACGAUCGAGUCCUGGCUGAGAUCAGACAGGAUCACAAACUGAAACCUGUGGAGCCGCACAGUACGAAGAGAUCAUUUGGCUCAUUACCAUGUCUGGCACACACCUGCCAAUGUGACAUCAAAUCCACUUCCUGCAUUGACCUGUCAGUCGCAGGAGCAGCGUACCGGCCACCGUCCCGCAUACGUGUUCUGCUAAAAGCUCCAACACUGGCAGAAAUGGAGGAGAUGAAUAUAUUUGAGGAUGAAGAAUCUCCAGAUGGUGUGGAUAUCAGGCGGGUGGAGAGCUCUCCUACACCUCUGAAGAGAGAUCGCUCCUUCUCUGAACACGACCUGGAUGAGCUCAGAGGGGAAAUGAUGUCAUCCCGCUCAGAAUCCCCUCAGCUCACAGGCGUUGGUUCCCUGAGAGGAGAGAGACCUCGAUCACACACGCUGACGGGGGUCAGACCACCACACAUCUAUCAAGCCUCAUUUCCUGUGUUGGACAGGAUGCCCCAGUCCACCUGUCACUCCUUUAGCUCAGAUGACGGAGGUGAAGGAAGUGCUGCAGAGUCUCACGGGCUCUCGAGACGUCAGUGGAUGGAGGAAUUCUGUCAUCCAGUCGACAGUCUGGCCUUAACAGUGGAUGAGGUCAUUAACGUGCGCCGGAUACUUGUCAAGGCUGAGAUGGAGAAAUACAUGCAGAACAAAGAGCUUUUUAAUAAUCUGAAGAAGGGCAAGAUAUGUUGCUGUUGUCGAGUAAAGUUUCCACUGUUUUCAUGGCCGUCCAGGUGUCUCCUGUGUAAAAGGUCUGUCUGCAACUGUUGUAGUGCAAAGAUGAAGAUUCCCUACAAAAAGAUGGCACACAUUCCAGUGUACACUGUGGGAUUUCACAGCAGUGCGAGGAGUCACAAGAGUGAUGUCUAUAAGUGAGUAAAUAUAUACUAUGUCUAAGUUAAAGGAUUACAGCCACAUUCCACACUGGGAACAGUCUGUGCUCACAUCCUAAAAGAAAUGUUAACUGCUUGUUUGUUAUUCGCCCCACAGUUUAAAACACAAAAUAGGCCUAUAGGCUACUUCCAUAUAUUACUGUAGUCAGGGCUUGUCCAGUAAGCAGUUGAUGUGGGUUAAAAUCAGUUUAAC